AUGACCCAUAUUUUAUUUACUAUCUCCACUGCUUUUAUACUAGGACUUACUGGCCUAACAUUCCACCGCACCCACUUACUAUCUGCCCUCCUCUGCCUAGAAGGAAUAAUAUUGUCAUUAUUUAUCGCUUUAGCAAUAUGAUCAACUCAAAAUGAUAUAAUAAUCUUUUCAUCCUCACCUUUAUUACUAUUAGCCCUUUCAGCUUGUGAAGCAGGUCUAGGCCUUAGCCUGCUUGUAGCUACUUCCCGCACUCAUGGUUCAGACCACUUACAAAACCUUAAUCUCCUACAAUGCUAA